AUGGACACUGAGGUGGAUCAAAGUGAACAAAAAUUUGUACCAGUUAAUGAUUUGAUCCAAAUUUUUGGUUUUCUUGAAAGAAAUCCAAAUGAUAGUAAAGUGGAUCAAAAAGAAGAAGAAGACAACUGGGUGUCAAAAGACUUGACGUGCGGAGCGAAAAGAAGUGAAGUUGACGGCGUUGAUGAUCAUAUUGAUCUUCGAGGUGGGUACAGCAUCUCAAAAAAAAGGGAGGUGGGCAAUAGGUGGGUGGGGGUGGAUCUUCAUGAAUCACUACACAUUCUCAGGAGGAUUCACACGUAUAUACAUGCGCAACAUUCAGAGAAUGGAAAGGGAAAGAUCUGGGCCUUUUGGUAUAAAUGCUGGGCACUGUUCGUCUUCAGGAUGCAGAUUCCACCUGACCCAAUCUCGUAUCCACAAUCCGUGGCAAAUUUUUUCAUAAUGCGUACUUUAAUUAUUGUCUUUGCCGUGAUCGGCUGCGCUUUCGCACAAUUCGGGGGCUACCGUGGAGCUUAUCAGCAGAAUCAACAAUAUUAUACAACACCUCAGCCACAAUAUCAACCCGGGUAUCAACAGUCACAAUACAAUUCUGGACGACAAAUAGGAAUUCGUAGCCAAUCCCACGAUAUUUCACCUGACGGUUCGUACACAUGGCAAUAUGAGACCGAAAAUGGUAUUUCUGCAUACGAAACUGGUUCCCCGAAAGCAAGUGGACCAGGAGAAAUAGCACAGGUGGCUCAAGGAAGAUAUUCAUACACAGCUCCAGAUGGAACACCAAUCACAGUCGAAUACAUAGCCGAUGAAAAUGGAUUCAGAGCAAGUGGAGCACAUUUACCCACACCGCCUCCAAUUCCAGAGGCAAUUCAAAAAGCAUUGGCCACACUUCCACAAACUAACGAAGGAGCUUACGACGAACAACAAUACAAUCGACCACAACAACAGUACAACAGACAACAAUACAACUACGGGUCAAACCCCUAUCGUAGAUACAAGUGAGAAAUACACAUAUAAAAUUUUCUUCUAAUUCAAAAAUUGUAUAUGUAUAUUUUCUCAAUCUUCAAAUAUAUAUGAAACAUCAUCAUUAAACAUAUUUUAUAAAUAAUAUGAGUCAAUUCGUUUUAGAAAUGCUCGCGUCAUUUUUACGCUUUUCUGAAACACAGACACACACACGUGCUUGACUUUGUUGUGUUCUAUUGUUAUAUAGACGAAAUUUUAUAACAAAAAUUUUCAGUACUAUACUGAGAAGAAGUUGAAAAUAAUUUUUAUCGAAAAAUUAUUUUUCAACAUUAAAUUAUUCGAAAAAUGAUUUUAAUUAUACUAUACGAAUCAUUCUUUGUGCUUUAAUUUUUAUACUAUUAUAUAUUAUAUACAUAGAUGUAUAGUUCAUAAGUGUACGAAAAUGUAAUAAUAAACAUUUUUUUACUUCAUAA